GUCUCUUUCUUCAUCAAGCAUGGUGAACGUGAUUGCAACCCUAAAGCCAUUGUUGCAUGGCCUGAUAAACAUAGCCGGGCUAACCUCCCAAAGGGUCGAGCUGGAGGCAGGUACUGUAAUGACCAUAUGGGUCCCAAAACAAACCAUCAUCAUCAACAACAACAACACAAACACCCAGCCAAAAAACCAGACCCAAAAAUGGAACAAACCAAACAGGCCCGUAGUAGUACUCGCUCAUCCAUUCUCUGCCGAUGGAAUUCUAAUGUGGUUCUUCCAAGCCCUAUCUUUGACAAGCAAGUACUCAGUCUACGUGCCGGACUUCCUCUUCUUCGGUGGCUCCACCACCAACACCGCCAAUCGGUCAGCGACGUUUCAGGCGGAGUGCUUAGCAAAGGGGUUGAGGAAGGUGGGGGUUGACAAGUGCACGCUAGUGGGGCUGAGCUACGGUGGCAUGGUUGGGUUCAAGAUGGCCAAGUUGUACCCGGACUUGGUGGACGCUAUGGUGGUGUCAAGUACUGUCAUUGAAUUGACGGAGUCGAUUACAGGUGAGUGUUUGGAUAGGCUUGGCUUUUCGAGCUGGUCGGAGCUUCUGUUACCGGAGACGGUGGAGGGUGUGAAGUUGCUUUUCUCGAUUGGGAAUCACAAGUUGCCGUGGUUGCCUGAUUUUCUUUACAGAGACUUUCUCGAGGUGAUGUUUACCAACAGAAAGGAGAAAGCUCAACUUUUAGAAGCUUUAGUGGUCAGUGACAAGGACUCAACCACCCCGACCUACCCCCAGAGGAUUCACUUCUUGUGGGCAGACGACGACAAGAUUUUCAAUUUAGAACUUGCCCACACCAUGAAAGGGCGAAUAGGAGAGAAAGCAAACUUGGAAUAUAUACCGAAUGCAGGGCACCUUCUUCAACUAGAACGACCCUUUGCUUACAACAAACAUCUCAAGAAAAUUCUUGCAUCCAUCCAUGGAGAUGGGAAGCCCAAGCACCAUUAAUUAAUUAAUGAACUUAUCACUUUCAUUCUAUCGUCAUUCUUUUGUUCGUUCUAAAAGCCCAAUACCAUGUAGUUUAGAUAUGAGUUCAAUUUGUUCUUUGGAAUUCUUUCAUUUUCAAACCUUGUGAUCAGUGAUCUUAUAUUAUGCAAUAUAGACACGAGGUCUCACAGGCUUCUUAGUGCUUGGUAGUUGGUAUUUGUAAUAUUUUUCAAUUGAUUCAUGUCUUGUGGGAUCUUUGAAACAUGCAUUAUUUUUCUUGGGCUAUGA